CCACCACAAGUCGCCCGGAUCGACUUCCCCGCAGCUUUGUGGAGCCGCCGGCGCCAUGGAAUGAGUCUCGGCCCAGACCGUUGCGGGGAUAGUUGAGUACCAGGUCAUCAUCUUCGCUCUCGUCCUCGCUGUCUGCUUGGUUUUAGGGCACGGGACAAGGCUGCUGCCAUUUCUCUUGGAGCGGAUCUGCAGCACGGCGGUGAUGAGCUGCUGGAGCCUGGAGCAAGGGACCGCACCACCCCCGCUGCGUUUGGAGCUGUGCAUGCCGAGUUGCAUCAUGGGAGUUGGAGUUCAUCGUCGACAUGAUUUUUCAAGACAUUGGAAGUGAGGUGUGUUUAUAAUGGACAAACGCUACACUCCGUUGAUGUUAUUUUAUAACAACACUCUCCUUAAGUAAUGGCCUAAAAGACUAGUUAGUCAUGAUCCAGAUUCUUAUUCAAUUAUAUUCGUAAAUAAUUUAAAUUUAGGGGUAGAAAUGAACAAUCUUUCUGACUAAAGAUGUAGCCAAUUUCAGCGGAGGUAGUCAUCAGCAGAGUAAUAAAUAGUGUGUCGUAGAUUUAUUACAUUAUUAUAUAUCGUUUUUAUCAUUAUCAUAGUUUAGGAGUACAGAAUGGUAUAUUGAUUGUAUGCUUUAAAUUUGAGUUUCCAGGGUAUGUUUUAUAUGUUAGAAGAUUUUCUUUAACCGUGUGGGGGAGCAGGGAAGAUCCAUGUCCUGCGAGGCAUCAAGCAAAGUAGGCAAGUCACCUCAACGGGCGGACCUUUCCCCUUUCAAAAAUUCAUCUCGCAAAUUGUACGAGGACACGGGCGUCACCCCGCGUCGUUAUUUUCCUUACUCAUCAGUUUAAGGCAUAACCAAUAGAUGGUCGUCAGCUUGUGUAUAUACACAGUGACUAUAUAUGUACAGUCAAAGUUGUAAGAAUGGCAACAUAGCUUACUGAAUUAAACUGUUCAGAAAAUAUUUUUUAAUAUGUAAUGUUAAAUAUAACAGUCGAUAUCAUUAUUGGUUUUAAUCACAGCAUCUUUACAGUUAUUUAUGUUAUUAGUGUCGCCAGUUUAUGCGAAAUUAAUGCUUGUGAUAUGCGCAAAGGCUCAUGGGGAACAGGACUGACCCACGAUUCAAGAACAACCGAUUGUAGAUUGGCAAAAUGGCGGACGUGUCUUUGGAUGAAGUGAUACGACAACGCGGAAUAAACGUUAAGGUGCCGGUUAAACGAACAAUGUUUGGACGGGGUGCAGGAGGGGUUGGCCGGACUUUUGAUGCCCGUCAAAGGAUUGGCGUGACUGAUGCUCGGCAACGACUAGGAGGAGGACCGGGAUUUCCAUUGAAAGAUGCCAGAGAAAAGCUGGUUCAGAAAGAUGCUCGCUUUAAAAUCCGUGGCAGAGGUGGAGCGACAGCAGGAGUGCAGGAUGCCCGUCAGAUGAUCAACUCGCGCAAACAGCAGCAGAAUGUGUUCACUGUGCCUGUACAGGCCAUCCAAAAGACAGCGGCGACACACCAACUGCAGAGCCACACACUCGUGCCACAGAUGAAGAUCCAAGCCAACAACCACUUUGCAGGUGUGAACACAAGGCUGUUUGGCCCAAACGUGCACGGACUGAGUGGGAGGGAUGGCGCCAUCGGCCAUCUUAACAAGGGAAUGACAGAUGCUCGUGAUAGGUUGAGCCUUAAGAGGAGCAUGAGUAGUGGGCCGCAAACCCUGGCAUCUGCUCUACUGCCUCUAAAAAUAACCAAGACCAUCCAGCAGCGCCCAGUUGGAGUUCUUGGUGGAAUGCGUCUUCACUCACAGCCGGACUCAAAUGAUCACGAUGGCCCUCCAAAUAAACAAAUCAAAAUUACUACUUCCAACAAUUUGCUACAGUCACGGGAUGGCCCAGUUGGCUCCCCAUUUUCCAUGUCAGCCCCAAUAACCAAGGUGGUUAAAAAUGAUGCUUACUCAGCCCCUCGCCCUCCUGUCCCCAUUGCCCCCACCCGGCCCACCGCUAGUACAACAACCCCUCGGCCUCCCGCUGCAGCCUUGAAGCCUGUUUCGAGGACUCUCCAGCACAGCCCGGCUCAACACAGCUCAGCGCCUCCACCCCCUCAGCCUAUUUUCAGCCCUUUGGAAGGAACCAAAAUAACAGUGAAUAACUUACAUCCCCGAGUCAGUGAGGAAGACAUCGUGGAGCUGUUCUGCGUGUGCGGUGCCUUGAAGCGAGCACGCCUGGUGAAGGUAGGCGUCGCUGAAGUAGUGUUUGUCCGCAAAGAGGAUGCUGUUAGCGCGUAUAGAAAGUACAACAACCGCUGCCUGGACGGUCAGCCCAUGAAGUGUAAUAUUCACAUUCAGGGAAAUGUCAUCACUUCUGAUCAGCCCAUUCUCUUGCGACUGAGUGACACCCCGGGCGCUGGCAGUGUGGCCAAGAAAGAUGGUCUCCCUCCCGCCUUGUCUCGUUCUGCAAGCCAGAGAACGUCCCAGCCAACUCCUGAGGUGGACCCCCAGACAAUCCUGAAAGCUCUCUUUAAGUCCACUGCGCAGUCCUCCUCAACCACCGAGCCCCCCAGCUCACAGGCCACUGCCUUCCGCAUCAAAAUAUAGGUUGUCGCCCAAACCUGUUUCUGAACAUAUUGAUGCAUUCUCAGUGGGGUUCAUCUGGACAGCAAGACACACACCACAUGUAGAAAAGCAAUUUGACACAUUCAACACUCAGAACUACUCAGUUGUAUUCAGCAUCCUGUAUUUUAUCGGUCUGCUGGUAGUCCCUGUUCUGCUAAGAUGGAAUAGUUGGACAAGUGAAUUUUCCCCAAAGCCAACUAAUUUGGUGUGUGGUGUAAUAUUAAAAAUUAGCACCAAUUUGCUUACUUCACCCAUACCCAUUCAUGAUUCCUAUAACAGUAUUGUUUUUGAGCUGUACCUGUGUGCUCAGUUCAUUCAGUUUCAGUUCACAAGAGAAAAUAGACAAUAAUCCAAACUCAUGUUAUUACACGGGACGCAUAGGUUGCCUUCCUUGCUGUAUGUAUACCUGAUAAAAGGAGUCUUUUACACGGUUAAAUAAAAAAUAACCAGCGUGGUGGUCCAAUUCCAAAGUUUACUUUGUACGUAAACUAGUUUCACCCAGUCAGAUUUUGUUGUUGUUGUUGAUUGUGUGACAUUCAUCAUUUUGAUGAUUGGCUUUAAUUUUUUGUUCCCUCCCGUAGUACACAUAUUUUGUACUGUAAAUCACUUUGAAUUUUUUGAUUUGCCAGUUAGAAAAAUAUUAGAGAACUCAUAAACUGUCCUAUAAUGUCAUUAAAGAGCUAGCUUUGUAAAAA